GUCAACAUGGCUUUGCCAAAAUUAACCGGCUGGCUUGGAAAAGCUGAUGGGCACGGUUUAACUCGCGUCGCUGGCGUCUGCAUAGUUGCGGAAAAUGUGCGCGGAACAGGCCUUGGCCUCAUGGGGUGACUUGCAACCCCUUCGCUCCAAGAUGUCCCAGAAGACGCGGCCAACCGGCCCGCGGGCGAACGGCACUCAAGCCAAGGUUCCGGAAACUCGCAGAAAAAGCACGGCCGACGACGGCGGCAGCAAAGCACGGAGCGUCAGUAGGGACAACAGAGCCCCCAACCGUCGCGAGAGCGUCAAGCCGACCGCGCAGAAUGCGACCAAAAGAAGCUCGAGUCAGCACGAGAGCAGGAAAGUUCCGGUUCCGCCAGAAACCAAGAAGCCGCCGCCCGGCCAACGGGAUGCCAGGUCCACGUCGAGGCAGCCGGACAGCAGGAAGUCGACCACCCAGCCCGACGCAAAGGCGGCGGCGCCCAGUCGACACGACAGCAAGGCGAUCACGGCCAAUACGAAACUUUCGUCACGUACAACCGUGCCGAAGAACAAGGAUUCCCUCGCGUCGCGAGUUUCAACCACUGGCGUGAGGUCCCCGAGCCGUCUUGGCAAAGAGACAGCCGAACCGAGCGCCCGGAGGCACUCGCGAAAUAGCGAGAAAGAGCGGGAAUCGGAGAAGGUCGUCACAGCGACGUCAUCGAGUGGCGCAUCGGAGAAACGUCCCAAGGAAACACACCGCACAAAGACGGCGAAGAGUCUCCAGGUACCUCCAGGUGGCAGCGCCGAGGCUAAGCAUGGUGACGAGACUGAGUCCAAAGGCUCAUCGCCAACGACGUCUCGGAAAAAGCAGUCAUCGCACGUCAGCAAAGCUGAAAAGCCUGAUCAUCAAGAACGGAAAAGUCCCUAUGCGAAAGGCGGCACGUCUCACAAGACGUCAAAAGCUCGGCCACAAAAGGAUGCUGCUUCAGAGAAGGAGGAUACGCAACCUCCAACACCGACCGCCUCGGCAUCAAAGAAGUCUCGAACGGUCACGAGACAGGCAACGUAUUCUGCGGAACAGUUGCAGCAGGCUGGCUCGAUGGAAACGGCGAGGGGCGUGGAAGUUGCCAUGGAAACGGAACAGCGAAUCGGCAAUGCACGAGCUUCAACGUCUCAUUCCACAGAAAAGGUUAUGCCCGAGUCCUCAAAGUCAGAAACGUCCAGGACGAGGCAUUCUUCAGUCGCAGAUGACGGGUACAGUUACGACGACGAUUUCGAGGAUUACGAAUCUGACUUUGAAAACGACGACGCAGUAGACGACGAAAGUAGUGUGAGCAGCGCCGUCAGUGACAGCAACAGCAGUGACAGCGCCCCCGCAACCGGAAACGAUAACGUGACGUCAAGAAAGGACCCCGUGCUACCGGAAAAUGAUAAACUGACAACGCAGGAGUACAGUGAAGUCAGCUCAGAGAAACUGAAACAGCAGUCCCACUGGAAAUCCGAGCCCGUUCUCGAAGUGGAUGCAAAGCCGCCUGCACCGCUGAUGCCAACAUCCUUCUCGACGUACAGUCUGGUCAGCUAUCUGACGGCUCAGAAGAAAGAAGAGAACAAGAAAGUGCUCAGCAAAGCGCAGCAGCGAGCUAAGGACGUCCUGGAGAUGGUCUCCCUGGACACCAUGACGUACCAGGUGUUCGACGUUCCGCCAAUCACCUACGACGUGUACAUCUCGACGUUCGGCCGGGCCGACGCCAAACAGGUAUUGGUCCAGACCGACCUCGGCGAUGAGGAAGAGUGCCAAACAGAAAACAUCGAGCUCGAGGAGAAAUGGACUCAGCAGCCUCCUCACGACUACAAGGGCUUUGGCGGGGGAAACGCAGACGGAAAGCCAGUUGAUAGCGACGCUCAGCACUUGCAGAGUGGUGAAGACGUGAUGAACCUUCUGGAUUUUCUGAAAAACUCGUCUGACCUCAUGCUUCGCGUUAUUGACGAAGACCUAGCCUGUAAAACGCGGCGAAACCUCAAGCGAGCAUCCGAGGUGGACGGCUUCAGUGGCGGCUUCUUGAGGCUGGAUCCCCUCCCUUUUGCCAAAGGCUCUCCUAUCAACUUCGUUCGCUUUUCACGACCGUGCCCGAACUACCUGGUCACAGGCCACGACCUCACAUCUAUGCCGGAUGAAGUCCGAGAAAGCGUUCCUGGCGACACGGUCCUUUGCGUCUGGAACCUGAACAGUCCUGCGACGCCAACGGACGUGCUCAUCACAAACUGCCAGGUCACGUGUUGCCACUGGUCUCCUCUGGAUGCCGUAUCCCUGGCCACAGGCUCGCUGGACGGUUCGGUCGAGUUGUGGGACCUGAGGGACAAGUUCUGCCUUUCAAAAAACGUUGUGGUCAACGAAGGCUGCCCAGAAUGCCAAGAGUACAGCAUGAAGAUGCCGGUGUACUCUACAGCAUCCCUCUUCGACAAGGACUGCCACUUUGCCAAAAUCGUGGAUAUCUGCUGCUGGGCACAAGGCGAAAUGGCCGGAAGUUCCGACUUUGUGAAACAGCACCGGGCUACGCAAAGCCCAUCCGAAGGCGGCUACAACGUCUGGAGCCUUGACGAAGAAGGCACGCUGGUGUCGUGGGCGGUGGCUGCUGUCAAGAGCGAGCCAGAGGGAUCCCUCUCGGACCUGGGUCUUGCACCUGGGGCCGUGCUUAGGCUCGUGCGCGCCGCGGUGUUCCGGGUGCCGAACUUCCUGCCGCCGUCGUACGAGGAAGCACGCAACGGGCUGAGGACCUUCGGAGCGGCUCGGCUCGGCGCCACGCGCGUUCUGGUUACCACGGACAUUGGAGUGGUCGUUCACUUGGACCUUUACAACGCGAGAACGUCACCUAAGGUGUUCAGUUCAAAGAAAAAGCCUUGGUCUGCUCAGGAGUGCUAUAUCGCAUUGUCUCCUCAUCACCCGUCGUUCUUUCUGGUGGCGAGCAGGAAUGGCGCUCUGAGAUUGCACUUCCUCGAGUACGAGCUGGCUGUGUGGGAGUGGGGCCCGCUGGAGCGGACGGAGCUUGGAGCGCUCCUCUGGAGCCCCUGCACUCCAACGCAGUUCUACGUCACCACGGCGGCCGGAGAGGUGGCCACCUGGGACUUGUCGACGAGCCGCGAUGGCCCCACAGGGGUCGCCAGGUUUCCGUCUUCGAGGGUGUUGGCAAUGGAUGCGGACAGCGCAUUGACGUCGAGGACGUUCGAGAGUUGCUUGGCAUUGGCCAUGGACGAUGGCGUAGCGCAAGUGCAUCUCAUGGGGCCCGCAGACAACAGCCAGCUGAACCGCGACCAGAUACAAGAGAAGCUACUGAGCCUGUAGAUAUUAAUAAAGCGCACGUAUAUUUGAA